AUGCGACUGGAGGAGGAUUGUGACCUAAAUGGUGAGCAAGUUGCUACACUUCCUGCUUUGUGGGCUAUUGUUGCGUCUUCGAAUUCUCAUGGGAUUUGCAGCUUUUCGUUUUUCAUUUCUCCGUUUGUGUUUGUAGUAAUUCGACAAGAGGGUAACAGGCAUUCAGCGCCGCCAGAAUCUGCAGCCUCAGGAGUUCCUGCAGCGCCAGAUGGGUCAGGUGCUGAAGCGCCAUCACCAUCUUCGUCGUGGCGAUUAAUUUGGCGUUUCGGAAAUCCGUUUCAUGUCCUGGUUAGCAGCAAAAAAAUCGCUGAAUGGUUUGGGGUAAAAUGCGAGGACUGCCCGGAGGAUACCGUCUGGGGAUGUUACGUGACGAAGAGUUGCUGGAAAGUUGUUAUGGUGAACAUCGGAUUCGUUUUCGUUUUGGUUGGAUUGCUUCUUUGCCUUUUCUUCCUGGGGCAAAUCGACGAUGUGUUGAGUUAUCAGAGGCGGCUGGCCGAGUAUGAGAGUAAUUAUCCGACUCUUGCAAAACUGCUUAUUAGUCCUUUGAAAUCGUUUCAUAAGGGUUACGUGAAAGCUUGGGAAAGAGGAUACAAAUCGCUGGAAAAAAGGCACGGCAAAAAACUGUGGUUCGCUGUUCUGGUUAUGCUUCCAUGUAAACUUUUGAAAGUAAUGUGGAGAAUAGGUCAGAAAUGUCUGCAACCCACUUGCGGCUUCUGCUGGUCUUUUACGUCCACUUGCAAGCAUUGUAUCAAGGCUACAGGACUUUUCCAAAGUAUGUUCAAGAAAGGUGGCUGCAUGGCCGAUCCCGAAGGUGAUGCCAGAAGGGCCAAGGAAACGAAGAAGCAAGCCAAGUUAGAUGCAAAGAAAGCUAAAAAACAGGUUAUGUUGGAAGCAAUUCAAGAUAAAAAGCUCGCAGAGGAAGCUGCAAAUCACGACAAGACUGGUGCGAAGGAAGCGAAAGAGGAACGAAACGAUGAGGAGGGAGAAGAAAGCUAUGGCGACGCUGAGAAAGGCAAGAAAGCGGACAAAGGCAAGAAAGAGGACAAAUCUGAGGCUUUUGCAACACCUGCAGCAUCCCCUUCGCCUUCAGCUUCGUCAGCACCCCCUUCACCUCCUUCGCCAGCAACUCCUCCAUGGCCAGUACCUCCUCCAGGAAUGUCUCCUGGAGCGAUGGCUCCCGUUGCAGUGCCACCCCAACCGCUGGCAUAUGGAGCUCAAACACAAUAUGGUGCACAGUAUGGCACACAAUUUGCUGCAUAUGAAGCCUUUCCAGGACAAGCUGGAUAUGAAGCCUACAACAAUCCCAUGUAUGGCGCAGAGCAGUAUGGACAAGGCUCAUAUGGUGUACCAGCAGCAGCUCCAGGUCAUGAGGCGAGAGCUCUUGCUGCUAUGAGCUAUGGGGGAGCAUAUCCAUAUUCUCAACAACAACAGGGUGCAGCUCCGGCCCCUUACGCUCAGCAGUACAUGCCACAGUAUGGGCAAUAUAACUAACUGAUCUUCGAACUUCGAAUUCACCACACGGUUCCAGUUUUUCGGCGGAUCGCAUCAACGAUUGAUCAGCCACCUUUUGUGUUUUUGACAUGGUGCGGAACUCGUGUCGUUGUGGAUUUGUGUCUGUAGGAUAGAUAGCUCUCUGAUCAAAACACAUAAAAUCUAGUAUUGCCUUUGCAUUGUCUGUGUAUGGUGUAGUCUUUACAGAUUGAUCAACCAGAUCGAAGGGAGUGCAUCAACUGCUUCGAGGAAAGCAACGUUCAUUCAGGAAGUCGGUGAUGCUUUGUCUUGAGCUUAACAGGUAAGUUCACAACGGUGGACAGAUGAUGUGUAUUGUUUUCAACUUGCGUUGGGCUUGAAUAUUUGCAUGUCUGCAGAGGUUUUCAGUCUCAGAGAUCCAGAAGUUCUGAGCUCGUAUAAGUAGAUGAAAAUUGGAUAAAACAUAUUUCUGCAGUGGGCUGGUUUUGUAGUGUUGGCAUCGUAGAAAUGGAAGAUGAUGGAAUAUAUCUUGUAAGAACUCAAUUUCCUGCUGGUUACUUGUGAGCAGAGUUGAGGACCAGAGAAUGUAGUGCUCGGCCUUGAUUGAUUAGAUUGGAUCAUUUUCAUUAAGCGCUAUGGGUGGAUACGUUAAUGUCAUGAAUAUAACAUAGUUAUGAAAUAUACUUGCUACCUAGCAUUGCAGUAGGAAGAAGAACAUGUUUUUUAUUGUUUAUGUUUCACUUCUAAUUUUGUUCUACAUUGAUGUUUUAA